AUGAGCACGUCAGGUCAAUUCCCACCAUCUUCACCAUUCUUGGAUCAUCAUCAAGAAGAAGAUGCGGAUCCAUUUAGUUCUAAAACUUCAACCAAUGUCACCAAUCAAUCCAAAAAAUUUGUUAUAAAUACACCAUUCAAUAAAGAUAAUUCAAAGACUUAUCCAACUCCAAAUCCAAGUUCUUCAACUGGUGUUCGUUCUUCAUCUCCUGCUCGUCAAAAUGCAACCAUAACUAAUAAUACUGAAAUUGUUCAAACUCCAGAUAGAGCUUCAUCUCCUCAAGAAUCAACAUUCUUGGGUUCAGAAAACGUUGAAUAUAAAGAUCCAUUAAAUGAUGUUUUAAGAGCCAAGAUCACUUCAAAUCAUACUACAACUCUUGGUAGAUCAAGUCGUUGUGAUUAUUUUGUUAAAAGUAAAUUUGCAUCUCGUGUUCAUUUGAAAUUACAAUAUGAUUCUGAAAGAAAUGAAUUAUCCAUCUUAUGUAAAGGUUUCAAUGGUUGUGUUAUAAAUUUUGGUACUCAAAUUUAUGGAUAUGUUAAACAAGUUUCAAAUCAUUUAUUUUAUUUCCAAAAAAUUGAAGAAUUUGAAAUUAAAUCAGAUGAUGAAAUAUUUCAUGAUAUUUCUUUAUUUAGAGGUGAACAAAUCACGGUCCCAUAUAUGGAUUCUUUAACUUUGGAAAUUAAAGAUCAUGUUACAGUCUUGGAUGUUUGUAAUGAUGAUUCAGAAACUGAAGAUGAAUUACCUGUUUUAAACACUAGAUUUAGUUCAGUUGAACCUGGUAAAAUUGAACAAGUUGAAAGAAUUAAUGUUACACCAGUUGAAUCGGGUGAAGUUAAAGAGGUUGAAGAGAAAUCAGUUAAAGAUGUUGAAGGAAACCCAAUUGAAAAAGUUGAUGAAGCAAAAGCUGAGGAAACAGAAUCCAAAUCAAUUGAAAAGACACCGGUUGAAGUGAAACCAGUUGAGGUGAAACCAAUUGAAGUGAAAUCAGAUAAAUCUACCCAAGAUGUCAAAGAAAGUUCACAAAAUGACUUUAAAUUAGCUACCACCAAAAAAUCAAAUCAACCAUUACAACCAAAAUCAGAAUCAUCAUUAAAUAAAAUCCCACAAUCACGUCGUCGUAAGGCAGAACCAGGAAUUUCACCACAAAAGAAAAAACCAUUAAUUAAACAUUUACAACCUCGUGAUAAGAUUUCCCAAUUAAACAUUAAAGAAAUUGUAUCUACAGUGGAAGAUUUAGCAUCAGUGGAGAAUGUUUUAAUUAAUCAUUUAGCAUUUUCAAGAACUUCACAAACUCCAUUAUAUACAUUACAAACAGUUAGUGCAAUAACACAAAACUUAUCAAGAACUCAAUUACGUGCAGUUUUAUUUCAAAUUCAAAGUAUUGGUACAAUUUAUAGAAAGGGGAAAGAUGCAGCUGGUAAACCAUUAGAUGAAGAAUAUUAUUAUGAUGUGGAGAAAGAUGAUGAUUUAGAAAGAACUAAAUUGGUUAGUUCUAUUAAAGGUGCAAGUGGGUUAAGAAAUUGUAGAAAGACUCAUAAACAAUAUUUUUGGAAGAAACCUACAAAAUGA